GGGAGGGGCGGGGGUCUGGGGAGGGGGGGGGGGGCUCCCCUCCUCCCCCCGCCUAGUCUUGCCUCCUCUCUCCCUCUCUCUGUCUCUCUCUCUCUCUCUCUCUCCCUCCCGAUGUUUGAUCCCGCCGCGGCGCCCGCAGGGAUGAGCGAUGGAGGGGCCGAGCCUGGCAGGAGCCCCGUGCUGCUGGCCGAGCCCGGGGCCACCGGGAGGGCCCGGGAGAAGGCGCCGACCCGGGCGGAGCUGGAGAGCGCUCUGCGCGGCGGCGGCGGCGGAGGAGGAGGAGGAGGAGGAGGCGGUGGCGGUGGAGGCGGCGGUGGCUUCAAGGACAUCCCGGGAACGUCGGCGGUCAGCCCCGGUUCCUCCAAGGAGUGCGCCCCGGACAGCGAGAGCCCGUCGGGAACCGGCGAGGCGGACUACUGCCGCCGCAUCCUUGUGCGAGAUGCCAAAGGGACGAUCCGGGAGAUCGUGCUUCCCAAGGGCCUGGACCUGGACCGGCCCAAGCGGACACGGACGUCCUUCACGGCGGAGCAGCUCUAUCGCCUGGAGCUGGAGUUCCAGCGCUGCCAGUACGUGGUGGGCAGGGAGAGGACGGAGCUAGCCCGGCAGCUCAACCUCUCCGAGACCCAGGUCAAGGUCUGGUUCCAGAACCGACGCACCAAGCAGAAGAAGGACCAGAGCAGGGACUCUGAGAAACGCUCCACCGCCACCUCCGAGUCCUUCGCCACCUGCAACAUCCUCCGGCUGCUGGAGCAAGGCCGGCUCCUCUCCGUCCCGGCCCCCCCCAGCCUCCUCUCUCCCACCUCCAACCCCAUCGGCAGUCCUACGGGCAACGGAUCCGGCUUGGCCACCCCGGGAACCACCUCUCCCGGGCUCGGCGGCGGGAGCAGCCCCCCGGGGCCGGGAGCCUUCAGCCUACAGGUCCCUUCUCUCGCCUCUUCCUCCUCCUCCUCCUCCUCGCCCAGGCUGCCGGCCGCCCCGCUGUGCUUUGGGGGGCCGCUCCUGGGCAGCCUGCACGACCUCCCGGGCGCUUACGGACUGGGCACUUCUGCUUUUGAGCCUUACACGCGGCUGGAAAGGAAAGACAAUUCUAUACCCAGCAAGAAGCCGAGCCCUUAAAUCAAAAUGAGUGUCAAAAGGUCUCCCCCCCGCCAUCCCCUGCGCCCCCACGCACCCCGCGCCCCGCACCGGGGUUUCAUUUGGCAAACGGGAUGUGGAAGACUGUUUACCGCCCGUCCGGGGGUACGUGCGAGUGUGCGCACGCGUGUGCGAGCGUGCACGCCUGGCCCCCGCCCCAGACACACCAAUACAGCCGUGGAUGACACCCUGCAACUCCUCGCCCCCGGGGGGCUGAUGCUGAACCCGGUCAUGCCAAAGCGGGGGGGGUCCCUGGGUGUCCCGUGUCACCGGUGCUGUCCCGUCCUUCGCUGACACCGCUGGAUCUGCCAGGGCCACGUUCCCCCCCUCCAGGUAUCGCCCGUUCAGGGUCUGGAAGACGAUGCUGUGGUCUGUGCUGCGCGGGCUGGGAGAGGAGCAGCUCCGGGGGGGGGGAUUUUGGGGGGUUGCUGAUACCCCGUGGUCUUUCAGUGCCUCUUACGGGUGGGACCACAGAGCCCCGGUCCCUCUGGACUGUCACCCCGGGGCCCGUGGUGUUGGGGUCACUGCCGAAGCCCCGGGGAGCGGGAGGGCACCCCGAAAGGGAGAGCGCAGGGCAGUGCCGGGCUCUGCCUCUGCCCGGCCGUGGUGUCCUUGGGCGAGCCUUGGGCCUCAGUUUCCCCACCUGCAAAGGGUUUUGUGUUCUGGCUGAGGCUGUCUGGGAGCAUCCCGGUGGCUCUGGUGGUCCCGGUCCCCUCUUUCAGCAGGGAGCGCUGCCCCCGUGGGAUGCUUGGCCCCCCAGCCCGGGGCCAGGGCAGGUGGGGAGGUCUGUGGGGGACCGAUGGUGCCGGUGAUGUCCCCAGCCCCCCGCACCAGUGGUCCCUGCCCCUCAGGAGCCAGCGGCCGCCCUGACUCAUGAGACAUCCCCAGGCUCCUCUGUGCCGGCUCGUGCAGAGCCAGACCACCAUCCCAGACCCUGUUUUGGUGCUGUCCCACCCCGGCAAACCCCCGGGGAUGAUGGAGGAGCCUCCGACCUCCCUGAGGGGGCUGUGGUGAGCUGGGGCCAGGCCACCAUCCUGCCCCCCACCAAGGAAAGCCCACCGAGGGGGACGUGGACACGUGGGCACUUGUGAUGCUGGGAUCUGCCCCCCUGGGUCGGGUCGGGCCACGGGGGGGUCUUUGCCAUCAGCGGGAGCCCAAAGUACCCCCAGCCCCAUUCUGGGGUGCUGGGUGCUCAGUGCUGGCACUGCAGUGAGCCCCAUCCUGAGCACUGGCCCAGCAGCAGCCCCCCCCUUGCUCCCAUCACCCAGCAGAACCAGGGUCCAGCCCUGAGAGGUGCUGAGCACCCACUGCCUGCGAAGGCAGUGCCCUGCCCUGACCCUCGGGCAGCCUCAGCUGACGAUGGCUUCCCGCGGAGCAGGAUUCGGCCUCAGGUGUGCGGUGCCAGGGCCAUUCUCGGGCAGGGCAUGGUUUGGGAAUGUUGUGGUGGGAACGAGCUCCGGAGGGUUAAUGGUGGGCUUGGAGCUCCACCAGUCGCAAAAACGAGAUGGGAAUUGCAUGAGGUGGCCCUUGGGGAAAGGGGCAGCGUGGCCCCCCCUGGCAUGGGCUGAGGGAUGUCUACGCUGGGCAGAGUCUGGCCCUUCUGUGGUGUGAGCAUCGCCUUGGCAGGAUGCUCUGCGGUGGCAUCAUCACCGUGGCAGGGUACCCUGUGCUGGCAUCACCGUGGCAGGAUGCUCUGCGGUGGCAUCACCGUGGCCGGACACCCUGCAGGGACCCCGCUGUGGCAGGAGCGGGAUGAUGCCCUAAGCCCCCUCCCAGCGCCCAGGAGCUGCCAUGGGGCUCAUCCCCCCCACCCUGCACACCCCCAAACCAAGGGGCUCCUGCAUCCUCCUGCUGCGGUUUAAUGUAUAAUGAUUAUCACCACUGAGCUACCCCCCAGCCUGGCCCGGGCUGAGCAUCGCUGCGUGGGCUGCAGCCCCCCCCCACCCAGGCUGCUGCUCUGUAGGGACCGGUCCCUAAGGGGGACACAGCCGCUAGCCCGCGUGUUCCCAGGAUUUUGCAGGGAAAUAUUUAAAAUAAAUGAUUUUAUGAAAAGGU